AUGCACCCCUCAGACUCACCCAGACCUUGCAAGCGCCAGCGUACGAUGGUGACUCCUCCAUCGACCAUUCACGACCCGGAGUCGACAUCCAUCCUUGAUCGCGCCACUCGGGUCCUUUCCAUCGAAGCCACUGCACUAUCCCACGUCACCAGGCUGUACCAGACAGAUCCUCAUGCCAGAGAGGGACUGCUCGGAGCAGUCGAAUGCAUCACCAGAUCACAGGCUGCCGGAGGAAAGGUGAUCGUGUGCGGUGUGGGCAAGAGUGGUCUUGUUGGCAGAAAGACUGUCGCGACGCUAAAGAGUCUGAGCAUCGCUGCCAGCUUCAUGCAUGCUGCCGAGGCCGCGCAUGGUGACCUUGGCGAUAUCCGCGAGACCCCCGAGCUGCUUAACCUUCUUCCUCACCUACCUCGCCAACUCCAGAUCGUCGCCUUGACCUCGCAAUCAAAGGCAUCCGAAUGCCCCCUCUUGAAAGAGCAUCAGAAUGGUGUAUUGCUUCCAGCACCUUUGUUCGAGCUGGAAGAAGUUUCGUUCGGUGUGUCGGCACCCACAACAUCCACGACCGUACAGAUUGCCAUUGGCGACAUGCUGGCGCUCACCGUGGCGGAUCAGCUGCACGAGAACAAGGGAAAGACGUUCAAGAAGAAUCACCCUGGAGGUGCCAUCGGCGCGGUCACCAGAGAAUCGGCGAAGGCUAUCGCCGACGCUUGUCAACAGCCUGUUACUCCUCUUGAGGUUGUUCCUCUCGAACUGCCAUCCCCGAGUCUCUCUGCACAGAGCGAUAUCUGA